GAAAAACGAAGGCUAAGGAAAGUGCUCUUUUAUAAGAUAAAACUUAGAUAGAAUAAAAAAUGGACGAUGAAGAGGGGUCGUCGAGUUCGGGUCCGAUGUCUUCGCUUAAUAGUCUGUUCACCUUCACCAGUCCAGCGGUAAAAAAAUUGCUAGGCUGGAAGCAAGGCGACGAAGAGGAGAAAUGGGCAGAAAAGGCUGUUGACUCGCUGGUGAAAAAAUUGAAAAAGCGUAAGGGUGCGAUCGAGGAACUAGAGCGUGCACUUAGCUGUCCCGGUACACCCAGCAAGUGCGUGACAAUACCUAGAAGUCUCGACGGUAGACUGCAGGUGUCUCAUCGCAAAGGUCUGCCCCAUGUGAUAUACUGUAGAGUCUGGAGAUGGCCAGACCUGCAGUCCCACCACGAGCUCAAGCCCUUGGAGCUCUGCCAAUAUCCAUUCUCGGCUAAGCAGAAGGAAGUCUGUAUCAAUCCGUAUCACUAUAAAAGGGUAGAAAGUCCUGUGCUACCACCUGUCUUGGUGCCGAGACAUUCCGAAUUCGCUCCUGGCCACUCGCUCUUGCCAUUCCAACAGCUCACCGAGCCCACUAUGCCUCACAAUGUUUCCUACUCGUCCACUGGAUUCAAUCCUUCUGGCACAAAUGCAGUUGGCGGAGGUGUUAACCCAACCUCACCGAUCUCGUCGGUCGGCUCGGUGCCCAGUCCGGGCUCGACAUCGACCAACCCCCAAAGUCCGUAUGGUUCAAACGGCUUGCCGGAAACGCCACCCCCGGCGUACUCACCCCCGGAAGAAGGCUCGCAGCACGGACCAUCGCCACCCCCAGACUCCACUGUCUCGAGUAACAGUGGCUCCGCGAUGGACACGUCGGCGAGUCCGGAGGUUGCCCCGGUCUGCUACCAGGAACCGCUUUAUUGGGCUUCGAUAGCCUACUACGAGCUGAAUUGCCGAGUCGGCGAGGUAUUUCAUUGCCAGUCCCACUCGGUCAUCGUCGACGGCUUCACCAAUCCCAGCAACAACUCGGACCGCUUCUGUCUUGGUCAACUCUCCAACGUCAAUCGCAACUCGACGAUCGAGAACACGAGGAGGCACAUCGGCAAAGGUGUCCACCUAUAUUACGUUGGUGGCGAGGUUUAUGCCGAAUGUCUCUCCGACUCGGCCAUAUUUGUUCAGUCUCGGAACUGCAACCACCACCACGGAUUUCACCCGAGCACCGUUUGUAAGAUACCACCCGGCUGUUCACUCAAAAUAUUCAACAACCAGGAGUUUGCCCAGUUGCUGUCGCAAAGCGUCAAUCACGGCUUUGAAGCCGUAUACGAGCUCACCAAAAUGUGUACCAUUAGAAUGUCGUUCGUGAAGGGUUGGGGUGCCGAGUAUCAUCGUCAGGAUGUAACGUCGACACCUUGUUGGAUAGAAACACAUCUUCAUGGUCCACUACAGUGGCUUGAUAAGGUGCUCACGCAAAUGGGCACACCGCACAAUGCCAUAAGCUCAGUGUCCUAAAAGCAAAGAGAAUGAAAAAGUUGUGAAAGAAAGCCAAGGGCUCUUUCAAUACGCAACAACUCGAAAGUGUAGAUUUUUACUAUUAUUUUUUUUAUUU